UAGAUGAAUUGAUGAUGGAGGGAGAAAGAAAAAGGUUGGCGUGUAAGAAAGAAACGAAACAACUUACAUGGUAUUAGUGUUGGUAGGUCCCUGCAAGUGGUGCUUCAAAUCUCACAACUUUUCAUCGUCCCAACACACCAACCAGAAUUGAGGUUGCCGUCAAGUUCAUGCUCUGCAUCUAAAUACAAAGCUACUAAUUACUACUGUCGAAUUAAUUACAGUUAAUGCUAAAAGAAAGAGACAGAAUCUGGAGAAAGAAAGACAGAGGGAAGGGUUGUUGUUUGAUUUGCAAGGAAAGCAUCUUUGGGAAACCAACAGAAUUAUGAUGAUGAUGAUGAGGAAGUAAAUGGGACCUGCAUCUGCACUUCCAUCCCCACAGUUCAGUUUUCACUUCAAAUGGAUUUAGCCACAAUGACCAACCAUUCCUGUUUGUCUUUUAUCUUUUUUCACUUCGGAUCAAAGUCUGCGUCUACGUCGUCUUUACCACCUUCUUCUUCAUCCUUAUUCAGCUCUUCACGACCAUGAUCUUCUGCCUCACACUCACUCUCGGAUCUCAGUCGCGGAUCCAUCUUCAGCUUUCAAUAUCAUACCCACUUUUUCGCUCUCUCUCAUGGACCCCUCUACUUCUCGACCAGCUGUAGUCAUCGAUAAUGGCUCCGGGUAUACGAAGAUGGGGUUUGCUGGUAACGUUGAACCGUGUUUUAUUGUUCCGACAGUGGUUGCAGUUAAUGAGUCGUUUCUGAAUCAAUCGAGGGGUUCUUCUAAAGGCAAUUGGGUGGCCCAGCACAAUGCUGGGGUUAUGGCAGAUCUUGAUUUUUUCAUAGGGGAUGAGGCACUUUCCAAGUCUCGAUCUAGCAGCACUUACAGUCUCAGCUACCCGAUUCGGCAUGGCCAGGUUGAGAACUGGGAUGCCAUGGAACGCUUCUGGCAGCAGUGCAUAUUCAACUAUUUGAGGUGUGAUCCGGAGGAUCAUUAUUUCCUCUUGACCGAGAGUCCAUUGACCGCUCCUGAGAGCCGCGAGUAUACUGGAGAAAUCAUGUUUGAGACUUUUAACGUGCCUGGACUUUAUAUUGCUGUGAAUUCUGUGCUUGCUCUUGCAGCCGGGUACACAACAUCUAAGUGUGAGAUGACAGGAGUUGUAGUGGAUGUUGGAGAUGGGGCAACUCAUGUGGUACCUGUUGCAGAUGGCUACGUUAUAGGUAGCAGUAUCAAAUCGAUUCCUGUUGCUGGAAAGGAUGUUACACUUUUUGUUCAGCAGCUUAUGCGGGAAAGAGGAGAGAAAGUACCACCGGAAGACUCUUUUGAAGUUGCACGGAAAGUAAAGGAAAUGUAUUGCUACACCUGCUCUGACAUUGUGAAGGAGUUCAAUAAGCAUGAUAAAGAACCAGGCAAGUACAUCAAGCAUUGGAGAGGUAUUAAACCGAAGACAGGGGCACCAUAUUCAUGUGAUAUUGGCUAUGAACGAUUUCUUGGUCCCGAGAUUUUCUUCAAUCCUGAGAUAUAUGGCAGUGACUUCACGACCCCUUUGCCAGUUGUAAUAGACAAGUGCAUUCAGUCUGCACCAAUUGACACAAGGAGAUCCUUAUAUAAGAAUAUAGUUCUGUCUGGGGGUUCAACCAUGUUCAAGGAUUUUCACAGGAGGUUGCAACGCGAUCUUAAAAAAAUAGUGGAUGCUCGUGUCCUUUCAUCUGAAGCACGCUUAAACGGGGAGAUAAGAUCACAGCCAGUGGAGGUAAAUGUACUCAGCCAUCCAAUCCAGAGAUUUGCAGUUUGGUUUGGAGGAUCAGUACUUGCAUCAACACCUGAAUUUUUUACGGCUUGUCAUACGAAGGCAGAAUAUGAGGAGUACGGAGCAAGCAUUUGCCGUACAAAUCCCGUUUUCAAGGGAAUGUAUUAAAGCAACAACGAAUUAGUUGAUCAUGGAUGCAGUUACUUGAUAAACAGUUGAAUGAAUAUCCUGUUAUUUUGAUCCCUCAACCCACCUCCUGGUCUUUCUUCCCACCUGUAUUCGUGGUGGCAGGAGUGAGUGUAAAAUAUGUAUAUUCAUUGAAAAUAUGCAUUUCUUUUCUAUUCUAGCAGUCUUCCUAGGCACUCAGUUUCACAUGGUUAAUACAGCAGAGGUCAGAUGGUAAUUAAUGACUACAUACAAAUUGAUAUUUCAUCAAAGUUAGCCGACCUGAAUUGCAAUUCAUUUUGGUGUUCA